GGGAAUAACUUCAACAUUUUCAUAUCCCAUAUUAGGACGCCAGGGUAUUAAAUUACUUGUACUGUUGUAGUCCCUCCCAUAAUGUGCAACAGGUUCGGUGCAAGAUAUUGCAUUUUAUUCACGAUAAAAAGAGGCUGGGAGUGAUGAUGUUUGAUAAGAAACAUCUUAUCAAGGGACAAGGGAUUGCAAAAAGAUCUGUGAUGCUCAUUUAAAUUCAACAUGGCAGAUGUACCUACCGAUGCACCGCAACGUAAGUGCAUAUUGCCCUGGUACUACGAGCGAAGAUGCAGGCAAAGCAUCUAUGUGUGCAGGAUGUCCAAAUCAGAUACUAUGUGCAUCUGGUGCUACGAAACAACCAGAUCCUGGCAUAGCUCUUGUUAAGGAAAGACUCUCGACUGUCAAAAAUAAAAUAUUAAUAUUAUCUGGUAAAGGUGGAGUUGGGAAAAGUACUGUAACAUCAUUACUGUCCAGAUCUUUAGCAGCAACCAAUCCUGAUAUAAAUGUUGCAGUACUGGAUAUUGACAUUUGUGGGCCAUCUCAACCAAGGGUGUUAGGUGUGCUAGGGGAACAAGUUCAUCAAAGUGGAUCAGGAUGGUCACCAGUAUAUGUAGAGGACAACUUGUCCUUAAUGUCCAUUGGAUUUUUACUUGCUAGUCCUAAUGAUGCAGUGAUAUGGAGAGGACCAAAGAAGAAUGGAAUGAUUAGGCAAUUUUUAUCAGAAGUUGAUUGGGGUAGUUUAGAUUAUCUGAUUUUGGAUACACCUCCUGGUACAUCUGAUGAACAUUUGUCAGUUACAUCUUAUCUUAAAGAUGCUGGUAUUACGGGAGCAAUAAUUGUAACAACUCCACAACAAGUUGCUCUAUUGGAUGUGAGAAAAGAGAUUGAUUUUUGUAGAAAAGUAAACAUUCCAAUAUUAGGUGUUAUUGAAAAUAUGAGUAUUUUUGUUUGUCCUAAAUGUAAGAACGCUGUCGAGAUAUUUCCCGCAUCAACAGGUGGUGGCCGUGCAAUGGCCAAACAAUUAAAUGUAGAAUUUCUUGGUUCUUUGCCGUUAGAUCCACUUUUAACUAGAUGUUGCGAUGAGGGUAAAAAUUUUUUAACUGAAGUUCCGGAAUCGCCGACCAUAUUCAAAUUACAAGAGAUCGUUCAAAAAAUCGUGGAAAAAUGCGAAGAACGGAAUGAAAAUUUCCAAGUCAAUUCAACGUGAUAUAAAUGUAAUCUCUAUUCUAAAACAAUAUAAAUAUAUAUUAAAGUGGUGUAUAAAGAAGUGUAAAAAUUUAGUUUCCUUUUAUAAAUUUAAUAAAUGCGUUUGUUUUAA